AUGACAAAUACUACUGUUAACGCACAAAUUACAGAUGCAGUUGAUGGUGCUUCAAGUUCAAUUACCGAUUUAAAAUGGAAUAUUCCAAAAUCAUCAACAGUUAAAACUAAUUUUCAAAUUGAUAAACAUUUGAAACUUCAAACAAAUCCAGACUCUAUGGUAUUUAUUGAAACUGGUUCCGAUUGUGUAAAUGAAACUUUUAAAAUUGGUAAUUUGAAAUUACCAGUUCAAGUUAAACCAGUUGCAUGUUUUAGAAAGUUUGUCUCUUCUCAAACUGUUGUUGGUACUCAACAAUAUGAAUUCUCAAAAAAAACAGGUUACUCUUCAACAUUUAGUGUUUCAACAUCUGUUAAAGCAAGUGUUGGUGGUUCCAUUGGUGCAUGUGAAACAAGUUUUGAAGUUUCUACCGAGUUUGGUUAUUCAAGUACAAGCUAUAGUGAAACUACUACUACUUUUACAGAGACUCUUACUGCUGGUGAUUAUACAGUUUAUCAAAAUGUAUUAUUAUAUGCAUUCAAAGUUGACGCAGCAAGUGAUCCACAAAUAAAGAGUUCAAUGAUUAAAGAUUCACCAGAUUUGAAAAUUUAUCAACGUGAUGGAGCUCAAGAAUCUUAUUUCUUUGUCCCAGCCUAUGUUAACUCACCAUUCACUAUUGAAUUUUCAAAUGAUACUUAUGAUCCAAUUGAUGAAGAUGAUUUAAUAGAUUAUUUAAUGAAAGAUGGAUAUAGUAAAUGGUCAUCAUUUUCUUUUAAUUAA